AUAUCCUAGGAAAAUGGAAGAGAUUAAAAAUAUGAAAUUGCCCAAGGCGUUAGUUGAGGAGCUUCGCAAAGCGGAGCAGCGCUCGACCAUCUCCUGGGAGUCUAGCAACGAGGGGGUCCAUGAGAGGGUCAACUUCGAUGACACGAUCUGGGGUCUAAGCCUCGCUGGCGGCGCGUUUUAUAACACCCCUCUUAGAAUUACACAGGUAAAAGAAGGCAGCCGAGCCGAACACGCAGGCAUCAAAGUCGGUGACUACCUGACCAGCAUCAAUGACAUUGACUCCACGACGCUUACGAUACAGGAGGCUCAUGACAUGAUCCUUGAGUCAGGGCUGCAAAUUAAGUUCGCGCUGUCUGCGCCUGAUGUUGAAGAAACAGUUCACACAGUUUAUCAAGAUGUUUUUGAAGAUGAACAAGAGGAGAAACGACGCGUGCGUGAGGUGAAAUCAUCAAGAAAACAAGUCGUUUUUAAAGGCGCCAAGACGAACGAUGCGUGGAGUCUGGCGUGGCCAAGCAACAAAAAACGCGACAUAAUGUACCGGGAAUCGAACUGUUUUCUGGUCCCCAGUCGCUAUGUGGCGAAGCAUUCGGACAGAAUUUUAAUAAAAAGCAACGGAAUUGGAAAGGAAAGCAAACCGGAUACAGCUCCGACUGUGAAAGUUGAUAACUGAAAUUUAAUAAACAAUUUUUAUCUAAG